AUGCUCGCGGACCUCCACCGUCCACCUCCUUGCGCGUCAGCCAGAGCGAAGGCAUUCCAUCAUGUAUCCCUCCAAGCGUAUGACGGCGACAUGCUGAUAAAAGCAAAGGGGUCCCCCUUGAUAUCGUGUCUGCUCACGGCCUUCCUCUUCCUCGCCGCCCUUCCUGCCACCCUCGCGCUCCAGGACAACCUCGCGGGCAUCGUUGACUGGCACAAGCCUUAUAUUGGGCAGCCAUUGUUGACCCCGACGCCGCCUCUGUAUAUCGAGCGCACAAAUUUUUCAGGUGGAAGAGUAGCUCUGAUAACAAACAACAAUGUUCUGGCAGCAAUCAAUGCCGAGAACGGAGACAUAGCUUGGAGACAAAAGCUGGAAGACAAUGACCCUGUAGUGUCAUUCCACGUUCAAGAUGACACCAUCCUACUCCUUUCCGGCCCAAGCGCGUCCUCGGCUCGUCUCUUCUCCCUCUCCACCGGCCACCUCCUCUGGCACUACCCUCUCCUUCCUCCCGCCACCUCCCAGCUGAGCACACCGGUUCAUCUCGGUACCGAUGCUGCGUUUGUACCCCAACAAGAGGACGGCGCGCCCGCUACCUGGGUCAUACUUUCCGACGGACGACGCGUUACGAGACUGAGGCAUGACAACGGUCAAAUCGUCUGGAGCAUGGACUCUCCCAGUGCUGGUUCCAACAUGGUGUUCAAACAAAUCCGGCCUUCCGGCAACUCUAUCCAUAUCCUCGCCCUGCACUAUUCUUUCGCCGUCCAAAGCUUGCUCACGUCGACUAUCGCUUUGGACAGUCCCAUUCCCCGAGGCGAUUUUGGCCAAGUGCCUUCUAUCGUCCAGAUCCCCGAACAAGCUAUGAUCGCGUCCUCUGCCGAACCUGGAGGGGCACAAGUGGUGUGGUUUGAGCAUGGAAGAAUCAGGAGCCUGCUCGUGCACGAAGACGGGUCGCUUGGACAGAUCAAAGACAUGCUCCCUGGCAAUGGCAGACAUUACGCAUCCAUCAUCGACGUCGGGCUACGAGAGCAGGGAAUCGUUCUUGGAAAGCGUGAAGACGGGGGUGUCGAGGUGCUAGAUGUAAAGGAAGGGAAGAAGAUUGAGGAGUUUGAGCUGUCAGCAGAUGCGGCUGAGCGAUCCGAGUCUGUCUACUCUGGCACAAUCACCGAGAACGGCGUCAUCGUCAACCGGGUAUACUGGUCAUUCUCGAUGGGUAUCGCUGUUGCCCAGACAAUCGACAUUCCCUACCUCACCUCCGCCGACGUCAUCACCUCCGGCUUCACCUUCCCCUACGAUGACCUCUCUCAUGGGGUUCUCCUCCAUGCCGCCGUUUCUCCCUCGCUCGACGCCAAGCAUUUGCCCUCUCUCGUUUUGACCACCUCGGCAUCUGCCAUUCUUCGCUCUCAAUUCGACUCGCUUCCUCUCUGGGUCAGGGAAGAAGCACUUGCAGACGUGGUCGCCGCCAAAUUCGUCGACUUGGGCGAACCUGAGGUUGAAGAAGUACGUGAGAUCCUUGGAGAAGAGUCUUUCGUAGGCAGGUCUGUCAGGCACCUCGAAGCGCUCAAAGACCUUCCUGGCUACCUGAUCAACUUUGCCAAAAGGCUCACAGGCGCGUCCUACUCUUCUGCGCUUCAUCUUACCCCUCUCAUCAAGGACCGACUCCACCGCGACCGAUUUGGUCUCCAAAAGCUGCUUGUAGUCGGCACUGCCAAUGGCAAGCUUGUGGCCCUUGAUUCAUCCAACGGACAAAGUGUUUGGUCAUUGAAUCUUGGGCUUAUAACCAAAGAGGGAUCGGAGAUUCAGGUUGAAACAAUAGACCUGGUCAAAGAAGGCGAAACAGAUUCGCCGAUCCUGGGCGUGGUUGCCACUCAGUUUACAGAAACGCGCUCCUUUACCGUUGCUUUCCACGUGGAAGCAUACACGGGCAAAGUCUUGGGCGAUGUGCAUCCCACCACAGGCCUUCCCAAGGGAACUUAUCUGUUUGAAGGAGUCGUGAAGGAGGUCUUUGCGACAAUCUACAAGAACUGUGGGAGUGGUAUCAGAGUGUUGGGUCUGGUCAAUGAGAAGGACGAGGUAUCCAUCUGGCCAGGCUGCAAGACAGUGGUGGGUCAGAUCGCCGAGGGCGAAAAGCCGUUCUACAUCACCAUCUCAAACAUUGACAGCGCCGUCCUCAAGGGAUAUGUUCUCGCUGGACCAAAGACUCCCGAAAGCACUUCUGCCUUUACCUCCACGCUCUUGUGGUCUCGUCCUUUCACAGAGCACGAGCGGAUAAUCGAUUCGAAACCUCUCCAGCCCUCCGCCAUCGCCUCUUUUGGCCGCGUCCUCGGCGACAAGUCUACCCUAUACAAAUACCUCAACCCCCAUCUUCUCGUUGUUUCUACGUUCACGCAUUCCUCCUCUGAAGCUCUUAACCCUCUGCAAGCGGGUGAACAUGUCGGACAGGGGAAGGUCUAUGUGGUGGACAGUGUCUCUGGGGAGGUGGUGUAUGAGACAGCUAUAGAGGGUGUGAAGGAACGAGGGGGAGUCAAGGUUGCCAUGGUGGAGAACUGGCUGGUGUAUUCGUGGCUGAGUGAAGGAGGAUGGAGGAUCGCAAGUGUGGAGAUCUACGAAGAUGCGGACAAGGGUGUUACUCCUGCCGUGUCGACGUUCGAAGCUCAAAAGAUCCAAGUGUUUGCUCAGACUUUCAUCAUUCCCACCGCAAUCAAAACCUUGGGCUUUACUACAUCCAAAGCCGGGAUUACGCCCAAAGAGCUCAUCAUUAUCAAUGACCGCAAUCAAAUCACAUCUGUCGCCCGUCGUCUUCUUGACCCUCGUCGUCCUGUAGGAAAACCAUCCUCGCGUGACAAGGAAGAGUUCCUCAUCCCCUACGACCCCCUCAUCCCUAUCGACACCCGGAAAGUCAUCUCCCACGUCUACCCACUCCAAGGCAUCACCAAUAUCCUCUCCUCCCCCGCUCUUGUCGAAUCGACAGGACUUGUAUUCGGAUGGGGGCAAGAUAUGUUCUUGACUCGUGGGUUGUCGCCAGCCGGGACGUUUGACAUCUUGUCAGACAGCUUCAACAAGGCGCAGUUGCUGUUGACAUUGGGGGCGUUGAGUGCGGGUAUCAUGGUGGCGCGGCCAGCGGUGAUGAGAAAGAUGUUGAGGAUGAGGUGGCAUUGAAGGUUGUUGAGUUUCAUUUGCAUGUAGAGUCUAUCAUGUCGUGUGCGUACUCAAAAUGUCGUUCUGCGGCUGUGGUCGAUUUAAUUUUGAUGGCUGCUCACCCGCUGACUUCGCCUCGGCGGUACUGUUCUACUGCAAAUUUAGUUCACCUCUCGCCACGCGAGCUCUCUCUGAAGUACACAGGUCAAUAUAAUUCUCACAUCGGUUUACAUGCGUACACAUACCAUCUGUCGCCAUUUAUUUCUCGCAUUGAGCCAUGAUACCACUGUAGGGGGCAUAUCCCAGCCAUAUAGCCAUAUAAUCCUCUGGUGUAUUCGCUGGCGCUGGAGCACAACCUCCUCCGUAAGUUCGUCAAUUUUAGACAAGGCCAUCACCUGCUUUGCUUGUGCUGCAAGUCUCCGAUGGGAAGCAGAAUCCAACUUCUGGCCGUCGUAAUACCUCUGCCACCACGCUACCAGCUUGAAAGCGGAAGGAUUGCCGACGCUGAUGAUGGGCAUAUCGUAUCCCCGUCGUUCUUCCAGGGGUAGUCUGUCGAGGGCAUGGAUGCGUGCCAGAAGCCAAUGGUAUUGCAACUUGAGGAGCUCGGCCACAUCCAGAUGACAUUCGUUGAGACUGAUCACCCGUAGCCGGUUCGGUCUUGCAACACCGUCCCAUCCCAGGGUGACCGAUUGGAUCUGUGCAAUGUCGUUCAUGGUAAGCUCCUCGGGAACGAGGAUACCAUCGAGCACGAGCCCUUCAAGUUUGGGAGGAAAGUGGUCGAUGACUGAUCUGUAAAACAUUGGUGGUCUCGGACAAUGUCUGAGGAGAGACAGCCUGCGAAGGCUCGGCCAGUACUCGAACCGCCCUCCUCCUUCGAACGCGAACGGAAACAGAAACAAACCGCUGGUAUCCAUCCAGACAAACUUUAGAGGGCCCAAUUCGAGACCUUCAAGCUUUGGUAGCAUGGCCACCAGCGAAAGAUCGUAAAAGCCAGCGUCGACGCCUCCGAGGCCUAGCGUCCGAAGCGCUUCCUGCUUGUUGUAGAUGUACUGGAUCCAUUUGUUGCUGCUAUGCUCCGCAACAUGUGUCGGAUGGAGUGUAUGACGAGUAGUACUCAGGGAGAAGGAUCUCAACUGGUUUUCCGGCACCGCGUUUUCUAUACCCCGUAGGAGAUUGUCGUGUGCUGAACUGUCGCUUCGUUCGUCGAGAUAGCUGAAGGGAUCCAAAAAAUGAACGUCGAGUCCUCGUACAUGGGGCAAGACGUGCUUUGAGAUAAAUAUGGGAAUGUGUCGGCCUUUGUAUGCCUUCGGGACCUCGAGUUUGAUGUGAGUAUAGAGAAGUGCCCCGGCGGUUUUUGCAAGUUCAUGAAACCGGAAAGGCACUUGCUGCAGAGCCAUGAUGUCGCUCAAUGGAAGUUGCUUGAUGAUGAUCAUCAGGAGCUCGGGUGGGAGGUCGACCAAACGGCUGUCUCCCCUCUCGGAAGAGGAUGGAUCGGUGAUUUUUCGAGUCAAAAGGGGCGCUGAACUUGAUCGACGAUGAGACCCAACCCUGCAGGCCAAAG